AUGGGCGAAAUGGAUGAUGUGACACAAGCAAAAGGCACGACUGAUGAUGAUCAAAUGAAGGAGUUUGUGAACUCCGGACGUAAUGGAAGACGGAAUGCUGUUCCGGAAGUAGACGCGCAAGGGGUAGAUCCGGAUGCUGCGAAACUUGCACAACGUUUAUCGUCGAUGAAUACAGCUGGUCAAGAUAACUAUAGUAUAAAUAAUAGUACAGGUAACAAUAUUAUAGAUUCAUCUCUAAAAUUAAAGGCAGACUUUCGUUGUUUCGUUACUCGGUGUUUAUUGGGAAAAAUCUUUCUAACCUUAGUGCUUGAAUGGAAAUGUUCCUGUGGACUCUUUAUCGAGCAGCUAGAGCUCUAUCAUCGGUCAUGCUAG